AUGGCCAUGGAGAAAGCAACAGCACUCCUGAAAGGUCUGCCUUCAUCCAAGGUCCACACCUCGCUGAGCGCUGCCGUGAGUGCCGCGAACUCAUCAGAAGAGGGUAAGUGCUGGGCCGCUCUACAGCUUGGAUCGUCGACCCUCUCCGAGGUGCAGACGGCACUCCAACAAGGAUCCAAGCAUCUUGCGGUGCUCUUGGUGGCGACGCAGAAGCCUGUCUCCCAGCUCGAGGUCUUGCGUGCCAUGGAGUAUGGCGGUGUCUAUGUGGCUGCCGGAGACUUGGAGAGCUCAGGAAGCCUCCUCAAGGAGGCUGCCGGCUACAUGGAGGGCCCCGCCUUUGUGCUGGUCGCUCCAGCGGAGACCAUCAAGGGUGAUGAGAACUGGACAUCCUUCACCUACGACCCUCGCAAGGAAGACAAAGGCUUGCCUGCCUUCUCCACAGACAGCGUGCGCGUGCGUCAGGAGAUCCAGGGCUUCCUUUCGAGAGAGAGUUUGCUGACGCUGAUCGCCAAGAAGUCCUUGCCUUCCGCUACGGCCGCCGACGGUGGGGAUGCUGCCGCCCUCAGCGAGGGGUUGGCUGCUGCCUCAAAGACCGUUACCAUCCUCUACUCCUCCGACACCGGCCACGCAGAAGAGUGCGCCAAAGCCGUGGCUCGUCAGUGCCGCAACGGUGGCUUCGCCAGCAGCGCCGUGCGCUGUGGGACCAUGGACUCCUUUGAUGUGGCCGCACUUGCUUCGGAGCCCUUGGUCGUCUUCUGCGUGGCCACUGCCGGGAAAGGCGAGUUCUGCGGAAACGGCCGGAACAUGUUCGGCAAGCUACAGGAGCGAAGCGACCUGUCGCUCAGCGAUCUGAAGUAUUGCAUCUUCGGCCUCGGUGAUUCGCACUACUGGGGCAAGGGCACCGAGGAGUCCAAGUUCAACUUUGCCAAGCCGGCACGUGACUUGGACGAUCUUCUCGAGAAGAUGGGAGCGCAGCGCAUGAUGCCCACAGGCUUCGGUGAUGACCAGGACACAGACCAGUACCACACUGGCUUCGCCGAGUGGAAGGGCCAGCUGUUCUCCCGACUCGGUGUUGACAAGGCCGAUGCCGCCGGUGGCGGCGAUGAUGGCCCAGUGAAGACAGAUGAGCAGAUCAAGGUUGAGACCAAGCAGCUGCGUGGUAGCAUGAAGGAGAGUUUGGACGAUGUCACUACGGGCCAGAUCCCGUUCCAGGACACCAAGCUGAUCAAGUCUCAUGGAAGCUACCAGCAGGAUGACCGUGAUCUUCGCGAAGAGCGUCAGAAGAUGGGUGUCGAGAAUGCAUUCUCCUUCAUGAUCCGCAUCCGCCUUCCAGGUGGCUUCUGCACUGCCGAGCAGUGGAUUGCCAUGGAUGACAUUUGCCAAAACUUCGCCAAUGGCACUUUGAAGAUCACCACCCGGCAGACGUGGCAGGUGCACGGGGUCUUGAAGCGCAACGUGAAGGCCACGAUGCGUGCCAUGAACAAGGCCUGCAUGGACACCUUGGCUGCCUGCGGCGAUGUUUGCCGAAACGUGCUCUGCACCUCCCGGCCAGACGUCUGCUCUAAGGAGCUCCAUGCAGAGAUCUUGCACUAUACCUACGAGAUCCACGACCACUGCUUGCCCCGAUCCGGCGCCUAUCAUGAGAUCUUCCUCAUGCAGGGACCGGAGAUGGCGGAGAAGAUUCAGAUUAUGGGUUCCUUGCCGGUGGAGGAGGAGCCUUUGUAUGGACUCACCUACUUGCCGCGAAAGUUCAAGGUCGCGGUGGCCAUCCCUCCCAGCAACGACGUGGACCUCUUCGCCCACUGCGCAGGCUUCAUCGCCAUCAUUCAGAACGGCAAGCUGCUCGGCUUCAACGUGGCAGUUGGUGGUGGCCUUGGAUUCACGCAUAACAACCAGAAGACUCAUCCUCGCCUUGCGGACGUUAUCGGCUUCUGCAAGCCGGGGGAUGCGAAGUACGUCUGCGAGUGCAUCCUCACCGUCGCCCGUGACUUCGGAGAUCGUACCGGCCGAAAGCAUGCGCGAGUCAAGUACACUGUG